GCCAGCGGAAAAGCAAUGGCGACGAGGGGCUCUGGGUUUUCACGGACCCAAAAAAGCCGCGGAAAUUCAAGCAAAAACAUUUUUAAUAAAAUCCGACAUGGCCAAAUCACUGGUGUGGGGCUUACUAGAGGUACUCAGGUUCCAAUUGCUCUCCUGGAGGAGAGAGAUAAAAGAGCUCAAUGGCAGGGAAUUCCAGUGUUACUGAGGAGACUUCAUGAGAGCAGCCACCCUAACAGUGACCUCACCAAGAUUCACAGCAUGGUCAUGGAGCUGUCAUCAUUGCUUUCUAUGGAGGCCAUGUCAUUUGUUACAGAGGACCACAAGACACCACAGGAAUCUCUUUCACCAAAUACGUAUACGUUUGACCUGUUUGGAGGAGUUGAUUUGUUUGUGGAGAUCCUGAUGCGGCCAACACUUACAGUACGGGGAGACCUACCCAUAUUGAGUGAUGAUCUUAUCAAGGAUUGUCUGAGUGUUCUUUACAACUGCUGUAUAUGUACAGAGGGUGUUACAAAAAGCCUUGCAGUGAGGGAUGAUUUUGUCAUAUUCCUUUUUACUCUCAUGUCUAACAAAAAGGUUUUCCUUCAAACUGCCACUCUUAUUGAGGACAUAUUGAGUGUGAGGAAGGAAAUGAUCCAACUAGAAGAAAUUCCCAACCUGCCCAGUCUGGUCCAAAGCUUCAACCAGCAGCAGCUGGCCAACUUCUGUCGUAUCCUCUCCGUUGCCAUAUCAGAGCCAGAUGUGGGUGUGGAUGACAAACACACACUUCUGGCCCGCAGUACCCAGCAGAAGACCAACACCUGCCCAUCACGUGCUGAGAGCAACCAAAUGGCUCUGCUAAAUAUCUCGGGGUUUAUUGAGCGUCUUUGUAAGCUGGCCACACGGAAAGUUACAGAAGCAGAAGGUGCUUCUGCCCGAUUGGAACUGGAGGACUGGCACAGUUGGCUUGACAAUGCCCUGGUGCUGGAUGCCCUCAUGCAGCUAGCAAUUGAGGAAGCGGAGCAGAGCAAUACAGAGUCAUCUGAUGAGAGUUCCCUGUCAUCCAGUCCGCUCAGACACAGGCUUCCCCAAUCCAUGAAGAUAGUCCAUGAGAUCAUGUACAAAGUGGAGGUUCUCUAUGUGUUGUGUGUAUUGCUUAUGGGCAGACAAAGAAAUCAGGUUCACAGAAUGCUGGCAGAGUUCAGGUUAAUUCCAGGACUCAAUAACCUGUUUGAUAAGCUGAUCUGGAGGAAACAGCCUACAAGCCAUGUCUUACACCGACAGAACCAGAACUGCGAUUGCAGUUCGGAGAUCUCGUUCAAAAUUCAGUUUCUCAGGCUGCUGCAGAGCUUCAGUGACCACCACGAGAAUAAGUACCUUCUUCUAAGUGGACAGGAGCUGAAUGAACUGAGUGACAUCUACCUGAAUGCGAACAUCUUUGAGAUGGAGUCACUGAAUAAUACAGACAGGAAUCUUGUGUGUGAUGGUAAAAAAGGUCUUCUCACACGGUUAAUUUCAGUUAUGAAGAAGGAGCCAAUUGAUUCUUCAUUUAGGUUUUGGCAAGCAAGAGCAGUGGAGAGUUUUCUGAGAGGAACACCUUCAUAUGCAGACCAAGUGUUCCUGCUAAGAAGAGGCUUGUUAGAGCACAUUCUCUAUUGCAUCAUCGACAGUGGCUGUAAGUCCCAUGAUGUCCUUCAGAGCUACUUUGACCUACUUGGUGAGCUCAUGAAGUUCAACAUCGAUGCCUUCAAAAGAUUCAACAAAUACGUCAACACUGAGGAAAAGUUUCAGAUGUUUUUGACUCAGAUCAACAGCUCUCUGGUGGACUCUAACAUGCUGGUGCGAUGUAUUGUCCUUUCUCUGCACCGCUUUGAGAGCCAGACUGAAGACAUAAAAGUGGUAGAAUUGUUUUCAGAGUGUCGUCUCUUGUCCUACAUGGCUCAAAUGGAGAGCCGGCUGACCUUUCUUUUUAGACUGAUCAACAUCAUCAACGUUCAGACUCUCACCCAGGAGAAUGUGAGCUGCCUAAACACCAGUCUGGUGAUUCUGAUGCUGGCACGGAGGCGGGGCAAGUUGCCCUUAUAUUUGAGCGCUCUAAGAGAAAAGGAGUAUGCAGAGAAAUACCCCGGCUGCCUGCUCAACAACUUCCACAACCUGCUGCGCUUCUGGCAGCAUCACUACCUCAACAAAGACAAGGACAGCACCUGCCUUGAAAAUAGUUCUAGUAUUCCAUUCACCUAUUGGAAGGAGACGGUCUCAGUACUUCUGGGUUCUGGUAGAAGCUCACGCUGUGCCAUCGCCUCUUACAUUGAUAAAGCCUACAGGGACCUGGACAGAGACUUCUUAGAACUGUGACUGUAGAGACUGUGAUAUUUUGAGCUACUGAGAGGACUCUCCUUUCCACAGAAUUUCAUCAGCGUGUCUUAAUUUAUUAGACUUGGUCAUUCAGAUGCAUUAUAAAAUAGUGGUUUGUGGUUGAAGUUCUGUGUAUGCGCGCGCGUGAUGAGUGUGGAUGUAGGUGCGAAUGAAUACCCAGAUGACAUGUUAGUGAGGGUGCUGAUCUGCUUGUUUGUGUGUGUUGGCUGGUUCUGGUGAUAUCAUGGCUCAGAGUAUUAGCUGUGCAGUGAAUGUGUGCUUUGGAUUAUGUUAUUCUACAGUGGAGGUGUGUGUGCGCGUGUGUGUUUGCAAUGGCACUAGACUCUGGAUGUUUUACUGUCAGUCCAUAGAUUUACAGCUGCCUUGUUCUCUAGUGCACAAGCUCUCUCUCACCUCUCCUGUAGGUUGAGUUGUCACACCUGGACAUAAAUUCCUGUAAGUAGUCUGGAAGAGCCUCACUGCCCACUGGCUAUGAAAUUCAGAGACUUCCCAAAGUCUUAUAUUGGUGGUUGGCUUAGUUUACAUUAUGCCUGUAUAUUUAUGUAUGUAAUGUAUGUAGUUCUCACUUGAUCUUUAAAUUUAACUUUUCAGUCCCAAACUCACAGUGUCGACACAAUUGCGAGAAAGUAAAAUUAAUAAAUUGUUUUAUCACAACCAUGUUUCAUUAUGUACAAAUUGUUGAAUGUUUUAAUGUUUGGGAAUGUGAGCAGUCUAUUAGUCUGCAGUCUGAUUUAUCCGUUUUAAGAUUUAAGAAAUAUGUAGGGGGAGUGGGGUAAGAUGAGCCGAUUUUUACACAUGUUGUCUCCAAUACAAGAAAAUGUUAGAUAGAGAUAAAAUUAAGAGGUUCCUUUAAUUCAAGGUGUCUGCUAUCACUUGAUAUUAUCAAAUUAGUCUGUGAUAUAAAGUCACAAACAUAUGGCCUUUAAAAAAUUAAUUUAAUCCAUUGGGUCAACUUGCCCUAGGUCAGGGGUAAGUUGCUCCUAGCCAUUUUGUAAAUUGACCAAUUGAAUUUUUCCAGUGAAACACAAUAAAAUUCCACAAAUUAUUUUGUAUCUAUAAUUUCUGAUCCAUUAUCUAUUUAUUAUUAUCUUGUACUUUCCUCUUGUUUCCUUUAACACUGAGGAUUAUUGCAUGUAAAUGAUGGAACGAUUUACAUCAAUCACUCAGCAUAGCCUACAGUAAAUGCCAAAAGUCUGCCUGAAAAAAUUUAAUAUCAUAAAUACAAACAUUAUAAACAAAACAGUUAUUGGAAAUUCUUUGUGUGAAAAAACAUCUCUCUCCUUUAGGUCCUCUUUUAAUUGCAAACAUUAUAAACGGAUCAGUUAUCAGAACAAAUUUGAUUCCGUAAAAACGAGUGGCUCAACUUUCCCCAGACUGUUCGGUUUGUUUUGCCCCAGUGACAAUUUUUGAAAAAAAGAAUCUAGCAUAGUGCUUUAGGGCUAAAAUUGUGCUAAUCAAGGGUAUUUUAUACACUGGAUAUACACACGUCAUUUUGUACCUGAAUAAAUUUGCUUUGGCAAAACAAUAAAUAAACCUCAAAUGUAAAAAAAAAAAAA